GACACCACCACUACGAUGAUAUAUACAUACGCGUGCGUCCACGUAUAUACACAUACGUGCGUGCCUGUAUUCAAUGCUCUGUCUGUAUGUCGCGUAUUAUAUCUUUACAUUUCUUUAUAUACGUCUGUCUGUAUGUUCAUGUUGCCUAUAUGUGCGCAUCAACGUGUUCGUCUGUGUAUUCGUAUUUCAUUUGUAAUUAUAUCAAUUUUGUGUUAUAUUAUAAAUAUAUACGUACAUAUUUAUAUAUUCCUACAUGGAGUAUGCGUAAAUGUACGUGUAGACACGCGCGCACACGAUCGUGCAUAUGUAUCUGUUAUAUCUAUAAGUAAAUGUUUAUGUACACGUAUAACAUAUAUGUAGAUGCGCGCGCGUGUAUGCGUGUAUAUGUAUGCGUAUAUACAUAUAUGGAAAUAAUUUUUAUUUGUAUCGUGCAUGUGUUUAUAUGUUUAUACGUGUAUAUGUUGCGCGCGCGCACUUAUACUUAUACUUACAAGUGUCGCGUGUGUCAUCUAUAUGCAUGUAUAUGUGAAAGUGUAAUUAUAUGUAUAUAUGAAGAAAUACGUAUAUAUACUUGUAUAUUUUACGUGUAAUUAUUAUAUAGUAAACCCAGAUCCAUGGAUCGCACGCGACGAAACGCGCUUUCGAUCACAACGACACGGAAAACUGAUCUAUCUGUACGCGUGUCCCGCUUUCUUAACCUACUCGACUGUACCACCGACGACGACGACGACGACGACGGCGAUGAGGACGACCGAGUGUCCCAACGACCAUACCACCGCUCCGCAGCAAUCAAUACGCAACAAUGGACCGGGACCAAUAAGCUUAAAGCUUUUCUUGACGUAGACGCACGCUCCGUUGCUACACUCUAUUCCCCCACCGCUUCUCGUGCUCUAAUAACAGAGCUUACCAUCAGAGGGCGCCAUAUCGAACAUCGCUGCGCCAAAGCAAAUCUAACCCCUGUCAUAGCAACUUUAAAGCCACUAAAUGAUUCAGUUUGUGUAUCCUAUCGAUGUUUGUGCAUUAUAAGUAGACACACAUGUGAUUAUGAACUAAGCUUUAAAAAAUAAGUUAUGGCUAACAAAUAAAAAGUAAACCGAAGAAAGC